GAGAAAUGAAGAUUAAUGGAGAGGGAUGUGGUGCAGUCUGCUUUAAAACUGAACCACCUGGUGUCUGAACUGAGGCAGCCUGCUUCUGCAAAGUGGUACGAUCGAAGGGACUACGUCUUCAUUGAAUUUUGUGUUGAAGACAGUAAAGAUGUUAAUGUAAAUUUUGAAAAAUCCAAACUUACAUUCAGUUGUCUUGGAGGAAGUGAUAAUUUUAAACAUUUAAAUGAAAUUGAUCUUUUUCACUGUAUUGAUCCAAAUGAUUCCAAGCAUAAAAGAACGGACAGAUCAAUUUUAUGUUGUUUACGAAAAGGUGAAUCUGGCCAGUCAUGGCCAAGGUUAACAAAAGAAAGGGCAAAGCUUAAUUGGCUUAGUGUGGACUUCAAUAAUUGGAAAGACUGGGAAGAUGAUUCAGAUGAAGACAUGUCUAAUUUUGAUCGUUUCUCUGAGAUGAUGAACAACAUGGGUGGUGAUGAGGAUGUAGAUUUACCAGAAGUAGAUGGAGCAGAUGAUGAUUCACAAGACAGUGAUGAUGAAAAAAUGCCAGAUCUGGAGUAAGAAAUGUUGUCAUCACCGGAUUUUGAGAAAGAAAAGUAACUUCUCUGCAAGAUUUCAUAAUUGAGAGAAUUCCUGAAUUGAUAGCUCUAAAGGCAGAUGCUGUAUUUGCCUCCUUUAACCCAUUUUUCAACCUGUUUGUUUUUUUAAAGGCUUCACUAAGGGUUGAUAUGUACCAUUGUAUGGGGCAAUUUUAAGUCAGCUAAGGCAAUAACCUUAUGCAUGAACUUUUCCCAGACUUCCAUGAUGCUGUUGAGGUCCUAGGCAAUUGAUACAGCAGUUGUGGUAAAUAAAAACAUUUCACCUCA